GUCCAGCACAUUGAGCUACACAGCUACUCUAACGUGAAAGUGCUGCGUAUAUGUAGAUUUUUGUGUACAACCAACCUUGUACAUUCCAUGUGCAUGCAGAAGAAAACAUUUGUUUGACUGCAUUAAGCCCAACUAAAUGCAAUUUUAUGCUCUUAAAAGCACAGUUCUCAAGGUGUUGUGCAGCAGAAUUAACCUAGCGCCAAUUUGUAAACGCAACAUGGCGUGUAGCAGAUAUGAGUACGUUAAAUCCUACGAGCUGGACGACAGAAUAUUGCCCAACGUGUGGAUCGUGAUACGUAUCGAUGGCAAGAAGUUUCACAAGUUUUCGAACGCGCAUAAAUUUGAAAAACCUAAUGAUGUCAACGCGCUAAAUUUGAUGAAUGCAGCGGGAAUUGCUGUGAUGAAGGAAUUUCGUGACAUUGUCCUCGCCUAUGGCCAAAGUGAUGAAUACUCCUUUGUAUUCCGCAAGGAUACGACAGCCUAUAAACGGCGUGCCUCAAAGCUGCUUACCUAUGUUACCAGUCUUUUUUCCAGCAGCUACGUCAUGAGCUGGCCACAAUGGAUGGAUCGCCAAUUAUCGUAUGCCCCCUGUUUUGACGGUCGCAUCGUUUUGUAUCCGACAGAUGAAAAUCUACGCGAUUAUCUAAGCUGGCGUCAGGCGGACGUGCAUGUCAACAAUCUAUAUAACACAGCGUUUUGGAAACUUGUGCUACAAUCGGGUCUAACUAAUCAGCAGGCUGAGGAGCGCCUGCGUGGCACAUUCUCAGCAGAUAAGAAUGAGAUGUUGUUCCAAGAGUUCGGCAUUAACUACAACAGUUUACCGCCCAUGUUUCGUAAGGGCACAAUUCUGUUGCGCAAGCGAGUUGUGCAAUCUGAGGGUGACGAUCAGGAGAAAGGUAGUCAGGCUAUUGUGCCUAUGCACGAUGAUUUAAUACGUGAACAGUUCUGGCGAGAGCAUACAGAAAUCCUGAGCAAAUACGUACCAGGCAAGUAUGUGAGUCCCUCAGUCGUGCCCAUACUGCUUAAGAUGCAGUUGUCCGAGGAGUCUCAAUUGGUCAAGGCGACUAUGAGCUGAGGGUUUGACUUAUGGCAAUAGUUUAAUUACAGUUUACAAUUACAUUAGGGCGAAAAGCAAAUAAACUCGUUGAACUAAUCGAA